AGACUCGGAGCACCCCGCCUUGGGGGCCAGUAGACAGCCAUGAUGCUCAACUGGAAGCUGCUAGGCCUGCUGGUCCUUUGCCUGUGUGCAGGAGGCAUCUCAGGCAAUGGGGACCCCUCUCCCGGACCCACAGACACCCAAGAAGAGGAGGACUCCCCACCAUUGCCUCUGGGACCCCCAAUCCCUGGUGAUCCCUGGCCAGGGGCGCCUCCUCUGUUUGAUGACCCUCCACCUCCAGACUCCAACCGUCCCUGGAGAGAUCUUCCUGACAGUGGUGCCUGGCCCCCAAAGCCCCCGAGCACUGAUCCCCCUAAACCCCCUCUGCCUGAUGACCCCUGGCCAGCAGGAACCCAGCCCCCAGAACACCCCUGGCCUCCUGCCCCUGCGAUGGACAGUGAAUCUCAGGAGGAGCCAGACCUUGACCCACCCCAGGAAGAGUUUAGAUAGGGGACCCCAGGGAACUUGAGCCUCCACAGAGCACACCCAAGCCCACCUUUUUCUUCGGUUGCCUCCUUAGAAUCUCAAUUUUCCCUAAUUCCUUAGUUCCCUUCCUCAGUCUCUGGUUGGAUUGUGUUCUAUGUUGGAAGUAUCUAUGUUCUAUACCCCUCCCCUCACCUUGUGGUCCAUGUUCAGCCCCCACGUUGUCCUUCUGCUUCUCUUGAUCAGCAGAAAGCACACUCCUACCUCACUCAGCCUGUUCUUGCUUGCCUAGACCUGGACUCCUAGGGAGAGCCUGCGCUCUUUGCUCUCUUCUGCCCCCUUGUGUCCUUAGCUGGGAACUGACAGUCUUCCAGGAUGGUGCUUCCAAUGGAAAAAUAAAAGCUACAUUUUUUCUUCUGAA